AUGUCGACAUCUUCGCCAAACGUGCUCAUCUCAGGCUUCGGCAUCGCAAGCACUGUUUUUGCAUCCACGUUGCUGCGUGCCUAUCCACAUGCCACAAUCACAAUCGUCGAGCGCGACCCAUCAAUGCGUCUCACCGGUGCCAGCGUUGACAUCCGCUCGUCAGCCGUCGACAUCAUAAAAUGGAUGGGCGUCGANAAAGAGAUUCGCUCAAAGACUACCAAAGAAGAAGGCGUGGAAUUUGUCGAUGAAUCUGGAAAGUCCUUUGCUACUUGGAUGGCUACUGGCAACGAGGAUAUCCAGACCAUGACUUCUGAAUACGAGAUCUUCAGAGGUGAUCUGGCGAGGAUUUUCGCAAAGGAUAUUGAGGAUAAGGUGACGAUUGUGUUUAGUGAGUCUGUGGCUGGCUACGAGCAGCGAAAAGAUAAGGUGUUUGUCACCUUCUCGAACGGCAAAGAAGCACAAUCCUAUGACCUGUUGGUCGCAGCAGAUGGCCUGGCCUCAAAAAUCAGAGGAAUGAUGCUCGGCACCUCUCCAGCCGAACACAUGCAUGACGAAGGCGUCUAUGCUUCCUUCUUCGUCAUCGANAAAGACCUUCUCGAUGGCUCUAAACUGGCAAAAUGGUACAACACCACUGGCGGCCGUGCUAUCUUCCUUCGCCCGGACCCUGACCCGCGCGGCCGCACUCGAGGCCAUUUCAUGAACUCAGCAUGGCCAUCUGACACUGCCACACGCCAAAAGAUCACCACUGCCCUGCGCAAGGGCAACGAGAGCUACAUGCGACUCGUCGAAGAAUCCUUUGCAGACGCAGGUUUCCACCAAACGCCAGAAAUCCUCAAAGCCAUGCGCGAAACACCAGACUUCUACUGUUCGAGAUUUGCCCAGGUGCGCGCGCCCAAAAUCCAAGAUGGAAGGGUUGUUUUGCUUGGAGAUGCUGGAUACGCUACCCCUGGCAUUGGAACCUCAUUUGCUAUCAUGGGCGGUUACAUCUUGGCUGGCGAACUACUCCGCAACAAUCUCGAUGUUCGUGCGGCAACGAAAGCAUAUGAGGAGUUGAUGUUGCCGUUUGCCAAAAGUCAACAAAGCACUAUUGGUGAUUAUGCCAUGCAGCUGCUGAAUCCGCAGAGUGCUUGGGGCUUGUGGAUUAGAAACACCAUCCUUUGGGCACUCACAACUGCAAAAGUUGACAAGAUUGGGCUGUGGAUUGCUGGCAUGUUGGGAGUCAAGGAGCCAAAGAUCAAGAUGCCCGUCUAUCCUUGGCCCGAAACCAAGGCUUGA